CCGGGCGUCGAGAGCAUGGGCAGAGACCGGGGCGCGUACGGGCGGCCGAGCUGGACGGACAGCCCCCACGGUGGCCGGGAGGCGGCGGCCCAGCCACUGCUGAUUCUGCUCGUGCUUCUGGGCUGCCUGGGCCGCGACACACUGGCGGAGGGCACUGAAGUCAAUGCCGAGAACUGGCUGCGGCUCUAUGGUUACCUGCCGCAGCCCAACCACCACAUGUCCACCAUGCGCUCCGCCCAGAUCCUGGCCUCCGCCCUUGCUGAGAUGCAGCGCUUCUACGGGAUCCCGGUCACCGGGGUGCUGGAUGAAGAGACCAAGAUGUGGAUGAAACGGCCCCGCUGUGGGGUGCCUGACCAGUUUGGGGUGCGUGUAAAAGCCAACCUGAGGCGGCGGCGGAAGCGCUAUGCCCUCACCGGGAGGAAGUGGAACACCUAUCACCUGACUUUCAGCAUCCAGAACUACACCGAGAAGGUGGGCUGGCACCACUCCAUGGAGGCCGUGCGCAGGGCCUUCCGUGUGUGGGAGCAGGUCACGCCGCUGGUCUUCCAGGAGGUGCCCUAUGAGGACAUCCGGCUGCGGCGGCAGAAGGAGGCCGACAUCAUGAUACUCUUCGCCUCCGGCUUCCACGGCGACAGCUCGCCCUUUGACGGCAUGGGUGGCUUUCUGGCCCACGCCUACUUCCCUGGCCCUGGCAUGGGCGGUGACACCCAUUUUGAUGCGGAUGAGCCCUGGACCAUCUCCAACACUGAUGUGCACAAAAACAACCUCUUCCUGGUGGCGGUGCAUGAGCUGGGCCAUGCACUGGGGCUGGAACACUCCAACGACCCCCUGGCCAUCAUGGCGCCUUUCUACCAGUGGAUGGACACGGACAACUUCCGGCUGCCCGAGGACGACCUCCAGGGUAUCCAGCAGCUCUACGGCACUCCAGAUGGUCGGCCACAGCCCACCCGACCCCUCCCGACACCGCAGCGGCCAGGUCAGCCAGACCACCGGCCUCCACGACCCCCACAGCCGGCUCCCCCAGCCCAUCCCCGAGCCACUGAGCGGCCCCACCAGUACGGCCCCGACAUCUGCGAUGGGGACUUUGACACCGUGGCCAUGCUGCGUGGGGAGAUGUUUGUGUUCAAGGGCCUCUGGUUCUGGCGGGUCCGGCACAACCGCGUCCUAGACAACUACCCCAUGCCCAUCGGCCACUUCUGGCGCGGCCUGCCCGGGGACAUCAGCGCUGCCUAUGAGCGCCACGACGGGCGUUUUGUCUUCUUCAAAGGGGACCGCUACUGGCUCUUCCGAGAAGCGAACCUGGAGCCCGGCUACCCACAGCCACUAACCAGCUACGGUGUGGGCAUCCCCUACGACCGUAUCGACACGGCCAUCUGGUGGGAGCCCACAGGCCACACCUUCUUUUUCCAAGAGGACAGGUACUGGCGCUUCAACGAGGAGACGCAGCACGUAGACCCUGGCUACCCCAAGCCCAUCAGUGUCUGGCAAGGGGUCCCUGUGAACCCCAAGGGGGCCUUCCUGAGCAACGACGCAGCCCACACCUACUUCUACAAAGGCACCAAAUACUGGAAGUUCGACAACGAGCGCCUGCGAAUGGAUCCCGGGUACCCCAAGUCCAUCCUGCGGGACUUCAUGGGCUGUCAGGAGCCCGUGGUGGAGCCGGGAUCCCGAUGGCCGGACGUGGCCCGCCCGCCCUUCAACCCCAAUGAGGGUGCAGAGCCUGGGGUGGGUGGUGACGGCGGAGAAGCAGGACCCGGCCCAGAUGGCGGCGAGGCGGGGCCCGACAAGGACGAGGGCAGCCGCGUGGUGGUGCAGAUGGAUAACGUGGCGCGGACGGUGAACUUGGUGAUGGUGCUGGUGCCGCUGCUGCUACUGCUCGGCAUCCUGGGCCUGGCCUUCGCGCUGGUGCACCUGCAGCGCAAGGGCGCUCCACGCAUGCUCCUCUACUGCAAGCGCUCCCUGCAGGAGUGGGUCUGAGUGCCCGCGCGAAUACUCCCCUGGUGCUAGCGUCCCGGUAGGGCAGAGCCUGCAGUUGAGGUGGCUCUAUCGAGCCACCCAGCAAGAGCCUCAAUGUCUCCUCCGCCCCUGGGUGGGGCCUCUGGAUGGUUACACAGCCCCUCGCCAACCCUGACACUACUUUUCUUUUUUUGCACAUUAAUUGAGCAUACUUUACUGAACAGGGGUGUUGCCUUCAGGGCAGAACAUUUGGAGUUGGAUAGGAAAUGUGGCCUCAAAGGUGGGAGCCCCCAACCCGAGUUUGGAGGGACUGAAAGCCCCAGUGGGGAUCCCGGGAAAGCCAGGGAGGCCAGGGCUGGCCCAGUUGUUCUGCAGACUGCCUUUCCUCCUGCCUUAGAACGAGCUUUUC